AUGACAGGCCGUAAAGACUUUCUCAGCCAGCCUGCCCCAGAAAAUUAUGUUGCUGGUUUAGGACGGGGUGCCACCGGAUUCACUACUCGGUCAGACUUGGGCCCAGCUAGGGAGGGUCCCACUCCAGAGCAGAUACAGGAAGCCCUGACGAAACGCGCACUUUUACUCGGCGCAGCUCCUCCAACCGCAUAUGGCUCGUCAAAUAGAGGUGAAAAGGGUAAGGGGGACAAAGCUGAUAAAGCAAUUGAAGAGGAGGAGGAUGACCGGUUUCAAGACCCCGAAAAUGAGGUUGGCCUCUUCGCAUACGGACAGUACGACAGGGAUGAUGACGAGGCGGAUCGCAUAUAUCAGGAGGUGGAUGAAAAGAUGGACAGGAGGCGGAAGUUAAGAAGGGAAGCUCGAGAAAAACAAGAGCGCGAAGAAUACGAACGAAACAACCCCAAAAUCCAGCAGCAAUUUGCAGACCUCAAACGCUCCCUAGCUACAGUAACCGAUGAAGAUUGGGCAAAUAUCCCGGAGGUCGGUGAUCUGACGGGGAAAAACCGACGGGCCAAGCAAAACUUGAGAAACCGAUUUUAUGCCGUACCAGAUAGUGUUAUUGCUAGCGCAAGAGAUUCUACAGAAUUCAGCACUACUGUCGCUGAAGACGGCACAGAAACUGUAGUACCGCGUGGGGAGACGGAUGGCACAAUCACAAACUUUGCAGAUAUUGGUGCUGCGAGAGAUAAAGUCCUUCAGGUUAGACUUGAUCAGGCUGCUCAGGGGUCGACAGGCGAUGCGACAGCUGGAAGCACAACCAACAUCGAUCCAAAGGGUUAUUUGACAAGUCUAACCAAGUCCGAGCUGAAGGCAGGGGAAGUGGAGAUUGGAGAUAUUAAGCGAGUUCGAGUGUUGUUGGAAUCAGUCACUAAAACAAACCCUAAAUAUGCACCAGGAUGGAUAGCUAUCGCUCGUUUAGAAGAAAUCGCGGGACGGAUCGUUGCUGCAAGGAGCUAUAUUGCUAAAGGGUGUGAACUAUGCCCGAAAAGUGAAGAUGCGUGGUUGGAAAAUAUAAGGCUUAAUGAUAAUCACAAUGCGAAGAUCAUUGCGGCCAAUGCGAUUAAAAAUAACGACACCUCAACUAGGCUCUGGAUUGAGGCCAUGAGACUAGAAUCAGACCCGCGGGCCAAAAAGAAUGUUCUUAGACAAGCAAUUCUCCAUAUUCCACAGUCUGUUGCUAUUUGGAAGGAAGCCGUUAACCUUGAAGAAGACCCAGCAGAUGCACGCCUUCUUCUUGCCAAAGCAACGGAAAUGAUACCACUUUCAGUGGAGCUAUGGCUGGCCUUGGCUCGUCUUGAAACUCCAGAAAAUGCGCAAAAGGUCCUAAAUGCUGCGCGAAAGGCAGUCCCAACUAGCCACGAGGUUUGGGUUGCGGCUGCUCGACUACAAGAACAAAUGGGGACUGCUGGCAAGGUCAACGUGAUGAAACGGGCUGUCCAAGAAUUAGCAAGGGAAUCUGCCAUGCUAAAACGAGAAGAGUGGAUCGGAGAAGCGGAAAAGUGUGAGGAAGAAGGAGCAGUCCUUACUUGCGCUGCAAUUAUUCGGGAAACCUUGGGCUGGGGCUUGGACGAAGAUGAUGAUCGGAAAGAUAUCUGGAUGGAAGACGCGAGAGGGAGCAUUGCUAGGGCCAAAUACGAAACCGCGAGAGCGAUAUAUGCUUACGCUCUGCGAGUAUUUGUCAAUAAGAAAACUAUCUGGCUUGCUGCAGCCGACUUGGAACGUAACCAUGGCACUAAAGAAAGCCUCUGGCAGUUGUUGGAAAAGGCUGUGGAAGCCUGCCCACAGAGCGAGAAUUUGUGGAUGCAGCUUGCCAAGGAAAAAUGGCAAGCUGGUGAAAUCGACAAUGCCAGAAGAGUACUCGGAAGAGCGUUUAAUCAAAAUCCAAAUAAUGAAGACAUCUGGCUCGCGGCCGUCAAGCUAGAAGCAGAUGCGAAUCAGACUGAACAUGCAAGGGAACUCCUCUCGACCGCGCGUCGCGAAGCUGGAACCGACCGUGUCUGGAUCAAGAGCGUGGCUUUUGAGCGCCAGUUAGGAAACACGGAACAGGCUCUCGACCUCGCCAACCAAGGGCUUCAGCUUUACCCUAAAGCAGAUAAGUUGUGGAUGAUGAAAGGCCAAAUAUAUGAAGAACAAAAUAAAUACCCCCAGGCCAGAGAAGCAUAUGGAACCGGUACGAGGGCGUGCCCUAGAUCCGUACCCUUGUGGCUCCUCGCAUCUCGCCUCGAAGAAAAAGCAGGAGUUGUCGUCAAGGCACGAUCUAUUCUCGACCGAGCGCGUCUCGCAGUGCCCAAGAACGCGGAACUCUGGACUGAAACAGUGCGUGUUGAGCGGCGUGCAAAUAACAUAGGACAGGCCAAAGUGCUCAUGGCAAAAGCUUUACGAGAAGUCCCUAAUUCAGGUCUUCUAUGGAGCGAGAGUAUCUGGCACCUGGAGCCGCGGACUCACCGGAAGCCGCGAAGCCUGGAAGCUAUCAAGAAAGUGGAUAAUGAUCCUAUCCUCUUCGUGACAGUAGCGCGCAUCUUUUGGGGUGAGCGAAGACUUGAUAAGGCAAUGACAUGGUUUGAGAAAGCCAUUGUCUCGAAUAGCAAUUUGGGCGAUGUGUGGGCGUGGUAUUAUAAGUUCUUGUUGCAACAUGGUACAGAUGUAAGCAGAAAAGCCCUUCCCUACCAUUCACAACUUCUGAAUCGCUCAAACUGGUGGGCCAUGAAACAUGUCUAA